GUGACACUUGAUAAGGUUUAGUGGGCAUGGUAGGAUUCGGUCACAGGCUGGACUUCAUCAUCUCGGAGGUCUCUUCCAACCUUAAUAAUUCCAUGAUCAGGGUCCUGGUUUCAGAGUUUCCAGAACCAGAUUGUUGAUUUGUUGAAAUGUUGAGGAGUUGGAGGUCUUUCCCUAUUUUUUUUUUUUUUUUUUCUUUAAGAAAGUCUUUGGUUUAGAGCUCUGGGAAGAAAGGCACCUGGAAAAGAGCCCCUGGUCAUUGCUGGCUAUACCAAGUCCCUGCUUCCCUUAUUUUAAGGCACCAGAGACACAUCAGACCUCCCAACACACGCCCCUUGUGAUGCAUCUGGAGGAGCAUCUCUUGCCCGCGACAACGCAACCCCUGCAGCCCCUGGACCCCCCCGACACACCCGGCUCGGGGGCUCGGCUGCGCCCCAUUGCGGGGCUGCUGUGGCACCGGCCGCCCCCCACCCUGUGCUGCCCCGGGGCUCGCACACCGCACUCCUGCCCGGCGCUCGCUCCAUCGCGGGGAGCCGCGCCCGGCGCCGCUCGCUCCGGGUGACACCUGCCGGCGGCUCUGCGGGCGGGCGGCGGGCGGGGACGCGGCCGUGUGCGGGGAGCCCCCGCCGCCCCCCGCCCGCGCCGCCGCCCCUCGGCGCGGAGCCGGCCCCGGCCCCGCCGAUCGCCGCCGCUCGCCAGCCCCGCGCCCAUCGCCGCUCUCCGCCGCUCCCCAUCGCUCCGCACCGCUCCCCAUCGCUCCCCAUCGCUCUCCGCCGCCGCCCCGCGCCCGCGCACUCCGCGCAGCCCCGCGCUCCGCUCCCGGCAGCCGCAUGGCCGCGGAGGCACCGGGCGGGCGGCCGCGGCCGGGAGCGCCCUGCGGAGAUGGAACUGCUCUGACUCCCAGCAGGUCCCAGGAGCGUCCCAAGCCUCAUCUGCAGUAACACGGCCCGGGCUCGCCAUGGCAGCAGGAGUAGCAGCGUGGCUGCCCUUCGCCAGGGCGGCCGCCAUAGGAUGGAUGCCAGUGGCCAAUUGUCCCAUGCCACUGGCUCCGACGGAGAAAAACAAGAGGCAGGAUGAGCUGAUCAUCCUCAAUGUGAGCGGCAGGCGCUUCCAGACCUGGAGGACUACACUGGAGAGGUACCCGGACACUCUCCUGGGCAGCACGGAGAAGGAGUUCUUCUUCAACGAAGACACCAAGGAGUACUUCUUUGACCGGGACCCCGAGGUCUUCAGGUGCAUCCUCAAUUUUUAUAGAACUGGCAAGCUGCACUACCCCAGGUACGAGUGCAUCUCUGCCUACGACGAAGAGCUCGCCUUCUACGGGAUCCUCCCCGAGAUCAUCGGGGACUGCUGCUACGAAGAGUACAAGGACAGGAAGCGGGAGAACGCGGAGCGGCUCAUGGACGACAACGACUCGGAGAACAACCAGGAGGGCUCCACGCCCUCGCUGAGCUUCCGGCAGACCAUGUGGCGAGCCUUCGAGAACCCCCACACCAGCACCUUAGCCUUAGUCUUUUACUACGUCACCGGGUUCUUCAUCGCCGUCUCUGUGAUCACCAACGUGGUGGAGACCGUGCCCUGCGGCACCGUGCCGGGGAACAAGGAGCUGCCGUGCGGGGAGCGCUACGCCGUGGCCUUCUUCUGCCUGGACACGGCGUGCGUGAUGAUCUUCACCGUCGAGUACCUGCUGCGGCUCUUCGCGGCGCCCAGCCGCUACCGCUUCAUCCGCAGCGUCAUGAGCAUCAUCGACGUGGUGGCCAUCAUGCCCUACUACAUCGGCCUGGUGAUGACCAACAACGAGGACGUCAGCGGGGCCUUUGUCACACUAAGGGUUUUUAGGGUUUUCAGGAUUUUCAAGUUCUCCCGCCAUUCCCAAGGCCUGAGAAUCUUGGGCUACACUUUGAAGAGCUGUGCCUCCGAGCUUGGCUUUCUCCUCUUUUCCCUCACUAUGGCAAUCAUCAUCUUUGCAACUGUGAUGUUUUAUGCAGAGAAAGGGUCCUCGGCAAGCAAAUUCACCAGUAUUCCUGCUUCCUUUUGGUACACUAUUGUAACCAUGACAACACUGGGUUAUGGUGACAUGGUGCCCAAGACCAUCGCUGGGAAGAUCUUUGGCUCCAUCUGCUCCCUGAGCGGGGUGCUGGUCAUCGCCCUGCCCGUGCCCGUCAUCGUCUCCAACUUCAGCCGCAUCUACCACCAGAACCAGCGGGCAGACAAGCGCCGGGCACAGAAGAAGGCGCGCCUGGCGCGGAUCCGCGUGGCCAAGACGGGCAGCUCCAACGCGUACCUGCACAGCAAACGCAACGGGCUCCUCAACGAGGCCCUGGAGCUCACGGGAUCCACCGAAGAGGAGCAGCACAUGACUAAAGGCACCUCCUUAAUCGAAAGCCAACACCACCAUCUGCUGCACUGCCUGGAAAAAACAACCGGAUUGUCCUAUCUUGUGGAUGAUCCCCUGUUAUCUGUACGAACUUCCACCAUCAAGAACCACGAGUUCAUCGACGAGCAGCUCUUCGAGCAGAACUGCAUGGAGAGCUCCAUGCAGAACUACCCCUCGUCCCGGAGCCCCUCGCUGAGCAGCCACCACGGCCUGAGCACGUCCUGCUGCUCGCGGCGCAGCAAGAAGAGCACGCACCUGCCCAACUCCAGCGUGCCGGCCACGCGCCUGCGGAGCAUGCAGGAGCUCAGCACCAUCCACAUCCAGUGCAGCGAGCAGCCCUCCCUCACCACCAGUCGUUCCAGCCUCAACAUGAAAUCAGAUGAUGGGCUGAGACCGAACUGCAAAGGCGCGCAGAUCACCACAGCCAUCAUCAGCAUCCCCACGCCGCCGGCGCUGACGCCCGAGGGCGAGAGCAGGCCCGGCCCGGGCAGCCCCGGCCACGCCACGAACGUUCCCAGCUCGGCCAACAUCGUCAAGGUCUCCGCCUUGUGAGCCGCGCCCGGGGCGGGAGGCCGAGGGCUCCGGGGCCGCGGGGCCGGGCACGGAGCGGGGCCGGGCACGGAGCGGGGACCGCGGCAGCGCCCGCGGAGCUGCGGGCGGGAACCACCACGGCGAGCAGAGGCACUGAAGAGAACGGAGAUAUAACACUGUGUAUCGCAGCACCUUUUUAAAGGUUUUUAAUGGAUAAUAUUUAUUCAUGAGGAAAUGACUGAAAAGGUGAAAAACAAUGGAUUUUGUGAAUUUUUUUUUUCUUCAUGGAGCAGAACCUUUAAACCGACCAAAAUUUCACUUUUUUUUUUCUUUUAUAGGAAAAGAUUUAGACAAAAGAAGCCACCUGUCACAGCAGUCCCUGCAUGGGUGUGUGUGUGAGUGUGAGUGUGCAGAGCCGCCCCAGGGCAGGGCCCUGUGCACACACACCCACACACACACCCCACCCUGGAUGCCAUCCCCAUUUAGACUAUUUUGUAUCCGCCUUUUAAGUCAAUACAGUGCAACUGCAAACAGUGUGUUUGUCUGCUAAUUAUUGUCUGUGGAAACAUAUUUGUGGACAAAAACAGAAAACAACAACAAAAAAAAAGACGACAGGCUUUAGUAGAGUUUUAGUCCCACCUGGGUAUCUGCUUUCUAUUUUUGUUAUCACUUACUUGUAAGAGUGUGACUAGACUACAGUUCUGUAUUUUUAAAAAGGGAAAAAAAGAGGUAGGAUUCUUUUUUAAUACUGUACACACAAAUGGCAAAGAAUGAAAGCACUGAACUCAACUGCAUCAAGCGUUCAUGAGUCUAACAGAGGUUCCUUGUAAUGUAUGCCCAUGCUUUUUAUGUUUUGGUUUCUGUAUAGAAAUUCCUUUGCUAGCACUGGACGUAUAACCCAUUGUAAAUAGUAGCCAAAUAAUGUCUGGAUUUAUACUUGAUAAUAAUUAACCCCAGAGCCAAAUAUCUUGCAUGGACAGAGAGGUAUUUGGCUUUUUCACAGUCUUAGGGCUCCACUUGUCCCAUCCACGGCUUCUGGGCUGCAUUGAUUCUGGGGAUAGACAAGGUCAGCAAUUUCAGUUCUCCAGGCCCAGCACAGGAUCUGCCUGAGAGGGGGGAGCAGGACUGGAGUUUGGAAAACCUUUGCUAACGUGUGGUACAAACAGCAUUUUCUAUUCACAGUCCUACACUUAGUUUGGGAAAAGUCUACUCAUGAACAAACAGCUAACCAAAAACUGAAGAACACUGUGUGGUACUGCCAGGUACCUCGUGCUGGGCCGUGCUCAGUGCUGGCAUCUCCUCCUUCCUGGGAAGGAUUCCUCACAAGGAGAUUCACGGACCUGGAACACAGCUGAUCCCCCUGGCAAGAGGAACCCCUUCCUGCCACUCUGCCCUCCUGGAGCCCCUGUCCAGGGGAUCAGGGAGGGCAGAGUGAGGAACAUCCCCCCCGUCCCCGUCCCAGCCUGGUCCCCUGGCCGGGCACAAACCCCUCCAAGGCCGAUGCACUCCCCCGGCAGCCCGGAGGGAACAGGGACACACCCGUCCCUGAGCGGUGAUUCACAACAUCACAGGCAGAGAACGGCUCCAGGAGUGCUCGAGGCUGGUUCAGCACAGGGUGAGGGUUUCUGUAACGCCUGUCGUGACCUCUCCCGGUGUAAUAUUUAUAUGCACAUAUACACACACAUAUAACUGAUUACAGACACAUACAUGUAUAGAUAAUUAAUGCUGAUUACACGUAGGAGCUGCACCCUGCUUUGGCAGCCCUCCUGAUGGCUGAUGCAUUAACUCCAAACCCUCCUUAGAAUCCUACAACGUCCUAGGAACAGUAGGGCUAUGGCUGAGCCUCCAGCAGCUGCACCAGCUUCCAGCCAUUUAUUCCAGUGCUGUAAUAUGUUACCCAAAACUAUGUUUAGUCCUGUUUUAAAAGAUUAAAAUGCUCUGCCUUUUGCUGCUUCCUGUAGGAGGUUAUACUGCAGUUAAUCUAACCAUUACUGAGUUUUUUCCUCAAUGUUUUAAUUUAUUUUAGCUUUAUUUUCAUUAACUGUCAUCAUCUGAGCACCCCUGCCCCUCUAGAUCAGAGGCCUUGCUCUCCACCACUUGCCACCUUUGCAACCUCACCUCCACUGGCACAGAGUGAGGGUGAAAUGCCCCCGUGUGACAGGGGACAGGAAUAACGACUACAAAGAGUCAGGGAUUGCACACGGAUUCUUGGUGCUGCCUUUCUUACUCCUGAUUUAGUGUGAGUGCUGAACGAGGCACUUGAAUCUCUGUAUCUGUAUAGAGCCAUCGUGGCAGCCCUCGUCCAGAGCACUGCUGGGGCUUUUAAUUGCUGUCAAUCAAAUGUUUUGGAAAAGAGAGUAAAACAUUCAAUUUUAAGAGGUUAAAAAGAAGAAGGAAAGUCAGUUCCAGGAGUUUCUGGCUGGCUGCUUGGGCUCUGAUUGCCACAGCCUCUGUUUUCCUCCAAAAAACAGGACUUGUUAUCCUUGCUGGGGAGCCAGGGCUGUGCCUCUGCCAUGAACUGGGCAGGUGCUGCCCCACGCUGUCAGCUCCUCAGCACAGGCUCUCAGGGGUUAAAAACACACAGAACUAAGGAAGUCUGAGCCUAGAGGAACAGGGCUGAAAGUAUUCUUGAUGGAGGCAUUAGCUCCCUUUAUCCUCUGUAGUCGCCCAAGUAAGCAACUGGAACUGUGUUGUGGAAAACCUGAAUGCACCCCAGGAGAGCAAUGUGCACCCCCAGGAGCUGCAGGGACAGGGAUCCAUCCCUGCAGGGAUGGGAAUCCAUCCCUGGAGGGACGGGAAUCCAUCCCUGGAGGGACAGGGAUCCAUCCCUGG